AUGCGCCACGUGGAGAGGCAGGAGGCCCUGGGAGAAGACCCAGAUGCAAAGAAGGCUGAAGAAGAGGAGCAGAGCAGGAGCCAUAAGCAGAUUGAAGAGAGCAGACAGAGGCUGGCAAAGCUGCUCCUUGAUGGCAUGCAGCUGGUAACGAACAUCCAGGUGGCUGCCGAUGCCAGGGAGACACAGAGGAGGACUGAGGAGGCUGAGCUGAAGCGGCAGAGGCUUGAGAAGCUGGACAAUGAAGCCAAGACCAACCAGGACAAGUUUGAUGAGAUCACCUCAAAAUGGGACUCAGCGAGGGAGAAGAUCAUCCCUCAGGACCUAUGGGAGGUGCUCAACCAGCAGCAGCAACAGUGCGCUCUGCUCAUAGAAGAGAAAAACAAGCUCAUCGGUGAACUGCAGCAGGAGCUAAAAAACAAAGAUGAACAAUACACAAAGGAUCUCAAGAAACAAUCUGAUGACAUCAACCUGCUGCUGGAGAGAAUGGAGGAGCAGAUCCGAAACCUAACCAAAACCUAUCGGCGGGAGCUCAUGCAAAUCGAGAAGGCAUUUGAGCUGGAAUGGCGAGAGCUACUGACCAAUAAUAGGAGGAAGUGGGAACAAGCCAUGCAAACCCACAACGCCCAGGAGCUGGAAUACCUGAUCAGCCGCAUGAAGAAGGUGGAGGAGCAUGAGAAACAGCUGAACCAGUUGCGGGGGCAGGAUGCCAGGGAAUUCAGCGCCCUCAAAAUCCAACUAGAGAAUGAUGUGCAGAUCCUUGAGCAGCAGCUCCAGCAGAUGAAAGCCAUUUACCAACUGAACCAGGAGAAGCUGGAGUACAACUUCCAGGUGUUGAAAAAGCGGGACGAGGAAAACACCAUCAUCAAAUCUCAACAGAAAAGGAAGCUCAAUCGGCUUUAUGAUGUCCUCAACAACUUGAGAAUGAAGCUGGCCAGACAGAUAAAACAGUUCCAGGAGGAGAACCAGAACCUGACGGCUGACUACAAGCGCAUAGUAGAGCAGUACAGGGAUGUGCAGAAAACAAUGAGACAGUUUGCCACCAUCAACACCCAGAAGUUCCUAGAGCUGUGGCUGAUGAAUGAGGAGGAAGCCAAGGGGCUAAUGAGGAAAGUUCUUGAUGCUGAUCGCAUUAUUCAUACCCAGCAGCUGGGGCUUUUGUGGUCUGAGCCCAGCUAUUGGUUCCUGAACAACAUGGGCCCCAUCAUACAGAAGGGGAACAGAACAGCGACUGCACUGGCCCAGGAGGCAUUAGAAGAGAGCAACCAGCCAAAAGCAGAGGAUACAGAGGAGGCUGAGGAUAAAGAGAGGCCUCUUCAGCACAUCUCCCUGAAGACUGUCAAAAAGAUCCUGGAGCUCCUGUGUGAUGAGUCAGGCUUCCUCAUUGAAAGCAAGAUGCUAAGUCUUCUGCAGCCGCUGGAUAGGAAUGAGCGUACCCUGAUGACGCUGGAUUCGGUCUUUAUGGCUCUAGACAUUGACAGUGAAGCUGACGUCUAUAGGCUGGUGGAUUACUUCUUGAAGUUCAAAGCCCAACAAGAUGCUUCCAGCCAGGGUAAGGAGAAGACAGUAGAGAAAGAUGAAGAUGCCUGUGAAGAAACAGAUGGGGAGGUAGCAAAGGAAGAGGAUGGCUCUACUGCUCCAGAGGAGAAAGGCAAGGCCCUUCUGCCUUCAGCAGCUUUACUGUCCUCUGUGUGCCUCCACCCUGAUGACAUCCUCAAAGCUCUCAAGGCCUUUGUCCAGGACCUACACAAGCUGAGGGAGAAACAAGCCCUGGGAAGAAGACUGUUGGAUGGUCGGGACACCUCCACGGACUCAGGGUACUGGGACAACCUGGCACACGUCAUCCCAGCACAGAAGCUAAAGCUUUGGGAUGCACUGGAGGCAGCUUUGGAGAAAUACUACAACAUUCUGACGCAGAGAUUGAAGCUGCUCAUGAAAAACAGCAGUCUCCAGCAGCAGAAUGCAGAGCUCCACUUGUUACUGCAGCAGUAUUGUACCUCUCAGAUGAAUGAUAAGUUGCUGAUUCCUCCUACCCAGCUGAUGGAACUGAGCCCACCAUAACCAUGGAAACCAGGGCGAGACUAUCACCUUCAUUUUCUUAUCCUGUGAGUCUUUCCCUGUACAACAUAUUAUCCUCUGGAGUAUCAGCCUGACGGGACAGACAAGACUGUAAUAAACCUCUCUUUACAUCACUUGGGGGCAGUGCU